UGCCCCGCGGCUCCGACAUGUCCCGAGCCGGGCGCCCCCCCGCGGCAGUGCAGAGCACCCCUGGGUGCUGCCAUCCGGGAAGCCUGUAGGAGCCAGGUGUCUGUUAUUCUGCCUGUUCACAAUAGUGAAAGCUGGUUGGAUGAAUGCUUAAAGUCAGUUUUGGAACAAGAUUUUCAAGGCACCAUGGAACUCUCAGUAUUCAAUGAUGCUAGCAAGGACAAUUCUAUUAGUAUACUUGAAAAGUGGAAGAUCAAGUUAGAAGAUGUAGGAAUACAGGUUGUCAUUGGUGGUCAUGAUUCACCUCAACCCCAAGGAGUUGGCUUUGCUAAAAACCAAGCAGUAGUGCAGAGCUCAGGGAUCUAUCUCUGCUUUCUGGAUUCGGAUGAUGUUAUGAUGCCACAGAGAAUUAGAUUGCAGUACGAAGCUGCCAUUCAGCAUCCAAACAGUAUUAUAGGCUGCCAAGUUCAGAGGGAACCGCUGGAGUCUACUGAGCGAUAUACUCGUUGGAUCAAUAAUCUGACACAGGGACAACUUCUUACACAGGUGUUUACCUCUCAUGGGCCCACUGUGAUCAUGCCGACCUGGUUCUGCUCCCGAGAAUGGUUUUGCCACGUGGGCAAAUUUGAUGAGGGUGGGAAGGGCAUCCCAGAAGACUUGCUGUUCUUUUAUAAACAUGUCCAAAAAGGCGGCGGAGUCUUUCGAGUGGACCAGUGCCUCCUCCUGUAUCGCUACCAUCCCCAGGCUGCAACUCAUUCUGUCCUAGAGGGAACCAUCUGGAAUCAUCGAGUCAGAUUUCUGGAAGACCAAGUCCUAAAGCACUGGACGUCUUUCACCAUUUGGAACGCGGGCAAACAAGGCAAGAAGCUGUACAGAAGCUUAUCACCAGCUAAUCGGAAAAAGGUAGCUGCAUUUUGUGAUGUUGACAGAAAUAAAAUAGUAAAAGGAUUUUACACUUAUGAAGAAUCUGAGGAGAGAUCAAAACCAAAAAUUCCCAUACAGCAUUUCAGAGAUGCAACCCCACCUUUCAUUAUCUGUGUAAAGAUGGAUUUGACAGGUGGAGUAUUUGAAAAAAACUUGAAUGAACUGAACUUGAAAGAGGGACUGGAUUAUUAUCACUUCAACUGAAAGCUGAGUUUGAUUUGCAAACGAUAAUAGAAACACAGUGCAGGCCUGUUCAUCUUCACGAAGUUUAGGAGUUCUCCUGAGACCUCUCUUCCUGUGAAGAAUGAUGAAAGAACCCCCCACAUUGUUUAGUAUCACUUUUGUUUUUCUCAAAUGUGGAAGGCAUGAGAUCUUUAGGUUUGUUUCUCAUCUGCUGACACUAGAAAGCAAGUGGAAAGACCAACGGCUCUACAGAACAAUUAUCCAAUAUGACCUUCCCUUAAUCAGGCUUGGGUGGCGUUGGAUCUCCUGAGCCCUAAGCCAAGGAAACAGGCUACAUAAAUUAUACUUCUUGGAUAAGAGUUUGUAUUUAUUCCCUGGUUGGAUUUUCUUAUAGUUGUUUCUUAUAAUUGUUACUCCUGGAAAAAGAGUCCCUUCUCUGGGGUCUUUGCAGUCAAUGGGACCAAAAUAAACUAUCUGCUCCUGUAAUGAGUUACAGACCCAAAUUAGAGUGAAGACUGCAUUUCCAUGUGUCCAUAUUAUCACCCAUCUUCAUCAUCAAGCUUCUCCAUAAACAGGAUUCAAACUGAGAGUCUGAGGUCAGAUGAAUUAUUCCUAUGUCAGUGGUGGUGCCAGGAUAUUUGAACUAGCUCUUGCUGCCAAAUUUAUGAGAGUCCACAAAUCCUCGCUUUAUGAACACAACCACUAAGAAUAUUUCCUUAGGUAUUAACUUGAUCUUUUCUUUGAUCUCAUGGUAGAGGUCUCUAGUCCAUCACAGCAGGACAAGUACCGCUUGCCAGUAACAGUUAGAACAAACUUCAAAGCUGCUUCAGCAGCCCUAAGGAUGACAUUUAUUUUCUUGCCUGCGGGAUCUUUUAGUAGGAAAGCUCCCUCAGCAGUAAUUACAAUUGCUGCAGGAACCUAAGAGUGAAAAAGUAUCUCUGGGUUUGGGUUCUGUGACCUUGUACAAUUUCAGGGCUUGCAAACUGAGCUAUUUUCUGGGCCUCCCCUAAUGAACUAUUUCAAAGCAGAAUGAAGAUGGUGAUAUGUAUUUAUUUGUCCAUCAUCUUAUUUAAACUAUUUCUUCUCCUCACCACUGGCCUCCUCACAGUAUGAAUGUGUCUGAAGGAAAAGAAUGCUUACGCUCCAUUAGCCCAGGUUACUGUGAUGGAAGCAGAGGGUUCUCCACCUUCAUGGGGGCAGCUUCUCCAAAGGAAGCUGCUGGGUAAAUUUGAAAUCAGCCUUUUAAGAACAACAGGCUAUAUGAAUAGAGAUUGCUCUAAAGGCAGGCCACCACUUCAAAUCCAACCGCUGCCACAGCUUCCAACCCACUUCGUAGCUGCUUACCUUCCACUGAUCCCCCUGCUGCCAAAUUUCUGCAGACACCCUGACUUCCAAGGCUGAGUACAAUCACAGCUUUGGCCCACAGGCUAUAUAGGCUUUUGACCCAUACCUUAGGGAAUAUUUAUCUACUCUCAGAGAACCUCAUUUUAUGUAUUAGCUUUAGGAAUACAGUUUUCCUGAAUGUUUCAAUACCUUUUUGUUCUAAAUGAAAAGUUGAUAUAUUGAGAGGUCAUCGGUGUCAGAGAAUUUUAGUUUUGCUCUUCAAUUUGGAGGGGGAAUUCUUACCAUCUUUUCCCUAACAGUACAGACACACUCAUACUGAGGUAUCUGUAUUACAUUAUUUCAUUCUUCCAUUGUCUCAAUAAGUUGAGUUUAUACCAGAAGUCUGGAAUGAUUUCAAGGAAUGGGACUGGAGGGCUUUAUAAGAACCAUUUUUGGCAAUUCCAUACAUUCUGUAUUUAAGACUUAGAUGUGCAGCACAUUCCUUUAGGUCCUGAUUUCUAUAUUUUAUUAACAAGGACAGCACACGCAGUUCCCUAUGAAAUAGUCUGAAAAGACAGAAUUCAUGGUAAAGCAAUUAAUGCUUUCAUUUUGUUUUCAAGGAAAGUUUG